AUGAAGGAACACGAAAAGCUUGGAGGAUGGACUUUGAUUUGGUGGCUGUUUAAUAUAUUUGGCAUUCCCAUUACACUGCCUUGGUUAAUCUAUCACAUAUAUAUGAUCUUAAUGAAGAAACAUAGACGAGGAUUGCUCAAUGGCAAGGUUGUAUUGAUUACUGGAGCAAGCUCGGGCCUCGGUGAAUCUCUAGCACACGUUUUCUACAAUUGUGGUUGUCGAUUAAUCCUAGUGUCAAGGCGUAAAGAACAACUGGAGAGAGUAAAACAAGAAUUAAUUAGUACACAUUAUACUGUGCCCACUCAUCCCCCUGUUAUCAUGCCCUUGGAUUUGACUGAUAUCAAUGCACUUCCAUCAGAAAUUGCAAAGGUUACAAUGAUUCACGGUCACAUUGAUAUUUUAAUAAAUAAUGCAGGAAUCUCUUAUAGAGGAGACAUUCUUAACACUAAUGUUGAUGUCGACAUAAAAGUUAUGUUGACCAAUUAUUUUGCACAAAUUGCUUUAACCAAAGCUGUUUUGCCAUCAAUGAUCAAACAGAGAGAUGGUCAUAUAGUCUAUGUAAGCAGUGUGCAGGGAAAACUUGCUAUUCCAUACAGAUCUGCAUAUGGAGCAUCGAAACAUGCUCUGGAAGCAUGGUGUGAUUCGGCUAGAGCAGAAUUAAGUGACAAAAAUAUAAAAAUUACCGUUAUUAGUCCUGGCUACAUUCGAACGGCACUGUCUAUUAAUGCUUUAACGGGAACUGGACAAACACAUGGAGUAAUGGACAAAGAUUUAGAAGAAGGUUACACUGCCCAAUACGUUGCAGAAUGUAUCUUAAAUGCUGUGUUGAGCAAUCAAAAGGAGUUGAUUAUUGCUCCCGUCGCCCCAAAAGUUGCAAUAUUCUUACGGUGGGCGUUUCCCUCCCUAUAUUUUUGGAUUAUGCACAGAAGGGCUAAAAGAUUGGCAAAAGAGGAAUAACACUUCCAAUGUUUCAUUCUUCCUACAUUAUUUCAUAAACCAAACUAAAUACUACAACAAUAAACAAUGCGAACAAAGUACUAUAGCUGUGACAGAUCGAAUUUAUUUUUCUUUUAUAAUUCUUUCGUUGAACUAAUCUAUUUUGUUAUGUGCACUUUUAUAGGGUUUAAAUAAAUAAUUUCUAAAAGAUUGGAAAUAGUUGAAACCAAACUUGUCGACUAUUUAAAACUAUAGUUUAUUAUUAUUGUAAUGGCCACGAAUAAGUGGAACAUGUUUACAUUAUGUACACUUUAAGAUUACACUCGCGACUGAAAUCGCAGCUGAAGCAUGUUUUUAGGUACAAUGAAUAUCUUCACCAUGUUGAAAUCGAAUUUAUCACUGAUAAUUAACAGUUAGCUGUGCUAAAUUAAGGAACCUCAUCCUAAUUCGGUGUGAUUGAUCUGACUAGAGUCACGAUUUGCACAAUGACCAUGGCUAUUUCAUACUAAUAAAAGAACAGGGAUGAGAGUUUGUGUGGGUUGUGAGGCUGCUUAUAAAAUAAAUGCAAGAAAAUGCAAUAACGCUGCAACGAUGCUAUUAAAAUUCAUUCGAGUGACUGGAGAAAUCGAUACUGUCAUUUGUACAAAUCUCAGCAGUAAAACGUUCCUAGCACAUUUGAGAAUUCAAUUAAUAAGUUGAGUUAAAGAGGAGAAAAGUUGGAAACGUUACGUUACAGUAAUCCUUUGUUUGUAAUGAUUACUUGUACAAAUAUUAGUUUUCACUGUAAUAAACUAAGAUUUUGCAAUGAAACAGUUUUGUCUGUAUCAUGGUUUUUAGGAAUGAGUUGAGUAUGUUUCAAUGAUUCCUGAUGGAAUAAGUGUUGUGGGAGAUACGUGUUAUAUGAUAAAUUCUUCUUCGUUGUAUUUCAAAAUAAUUUUGAAAUGUGCUGUGAUAGAUUUCUUCAAGAGAAACCAUGAACGUUGAUGUUACUGCCAUCAUUGGAUUAAAAAAAAAAAAAAA